GGAAAGGAAAUGGGAUUGAUGGCAAAAUUAGGAGACUGAUGACUUCCUUCCUUCCUUCCGUCGUAAGCGAACCAAACAGUCUUUCACAAUUGGUUUGCAAACGCCUCUAGAAUUUGUCAUUCCUCUUCCUUCCUUCGUCGCCUUCUUUCUCCGCCAACAAGCUCGGUCAGACUCUCUCCUUUAUCCAGUAUCGCCGCCGUCCGCCGGGGAAGAUCCGACAGCUAUUCUUCUCCCUCUCCCUCUGCAAUGCUGGCUGAGAUCGCCGGAUUCGGUCUCUGAACAGUGUUUUGACUCUGAGCGCUCUACCGACGCACAGAAGGGAGCACCGCCGCCGGCGAAUUGCGAGAAUGGGAGCCGCGCCUUCUUCCCCGGGCCAUAGUGAGAAGCGUCCGGCGGAAACGGCGGAGUAUUUAGUUGGAACAUUUGUCGGUGAGAAAUCUUUCCCCCUCGGUUCAGAUUUCUGGCAGAAACUCUUGGAGCUCCCUCUCCAUCUACGGUGGCCUGCUGAUCGCGUUCGUGAAGCAUGUCAGCUGUUUGCACAAAACAACUCUUGCACCAGGCAUCUCGCAAAGAUACUCAUUCACCUGGCGCAGUGUUUGCAAGAGUGUAUGUCAGUUUCUGGUGCACCAUUAGCCGCGUAUGUGAAGGCUAGCAACGCAGCAUACAUUUCCUCUGUCUUUCUCAAGCACCUAAUAGAGAAUGCUCAAAGCAACAGUGUCGAGGAGCUAUAUCUUUCACUGAAUGCCAGUGAGCCAAUUCCUCCAGAUUUCGUUGUAGAUCAGAAUGUUGAACAUCUUGUCAUGCAUAAUGUCCUCAAGUUUAUUGGUUUAGUAGAUGUCAGCCCAAACACAUGUAGCCUGCAUCAGGAGUUGCUCAACUUCUUGUUUGUUGCGUUGUCAACUCAACUGCUGUACGCGCCAACUCCUGGGCCAACAGAUAUGAACCCAUUCAUUGAUGCUGUGAUGACUCAGGAAAGCUCCUUGGUUACUAUGGUUGUUCACAGGUUGCUGCUCAAUUACAUAAUGCGGCCUCGAAUCGCCUUGAAUGUUGGGACUUAUCCUCCAUUUGGAGAGGCAGGGCAGCCUGGUGUGCUGCAGAGAGUGGGUUCCGCUGCUGCUAACUUGGUCUUACUCCCAUUCAACUAUUUGGUUAGUUCAAAUGGGCAAGGUGUAAGGAACCCGCUAGCAGAGUGCAGCCUCCAUGUGUUGCUUAUUCUUAAUUAUUAUCGCAAAUGUAACCCGGGAGAUGAGUCCAUAACAGACACAAGUGAUGACAGCGGAACGUCAGAUUCUUUUUCAAAAUCGUUUGUUGAGAACCCCUAUUGCAAAGCUCUGGAAAAUAUGAGGGAUAUUGACCUUGAUCGUGUGGAUAUUGAGAAGAACGCACACAAUCCUUCAGUUGUGAGGUUGCCAUUUGCGUCACUUUUUGAUACUCUUGGAAUGUGCUUGACUGAUGAAACAGCAGCUCUAUUGCUUUAUACAUUGUUGAAUGGGAACUCUGAUUUCUUGGAAUAUGUUCUGGUGCGAACUGAUGUAGAUACACUGUUGAUGCCAAUUCUGGAGACUCUAUAUAAUACCUCAAGGAGGUCGUCUAAUCAUAUCUACAUUUUGUUGAUUAUACUUCUCAUAUUGAGUCAAGAUUCUUCAUUUAAUGCGAGCAUCCACAAGAUGAUAUUGGCUAGUGUUCCAUGGUAUCAAGAACACCUUCUCCAUCAAACGUCUCUUGGCUCCUUGAUGGUGAUAAUCCUGAUAAGGACCGUGAAGUAUAAUCUGUCCAAGUUGAAGGAUCUCUAUUUGCACACAACUUGCCUAGCAACUUUGGCCAACAUGGCUCCUCAUGUGCAUCGUUUGAGUGCAUAUGCAUCACAGAGAUUGGUUAGCCUCUUCUACAUGCUCUCACGCAAGUACAAUAAGCUUGCAGAGAGGAUUGAUGAGAAGAGAGGGAAGGGUGGUUUGGUUGAAGAGAACGACCUCGCACUAGACAUGUCAGCCGAACUGCACAUAUAUGCUGACUUCCUGAGAAUUGUGCUUGAAAUCUUAAAUGCUAUUUUAACCUAUGCUCUUCCUCGGAAUCCGGAGGUUGUAUAUGCCAUAAUGCACAGGCAAGAGGUUUUUCAGCCUUUCAAAAGUCAUCCACGCUUCAAUGAACUGAUUGAAAAUAUAUUUCUGGUUCUGGAUCAUUUCAACAGCCGAAUCGAUGCUCAGAAAGAAGACGGUGAAUGGUCGGUGGAGAAGGUUCUCCAACUCAUAAUCAGCAUUUGUCGAUCGUGGCGGGGUGAAGGAAUGAAGAUGUUCACUCAAUUGCAUUUCUCAUACGAGCAAGAGAGUCAUCCAGAGGAAUUCUUUGCACCAUAUAUCUGGCGGCUAACCUUUUCACAAUGUGGAUACACCUUCGAUCCCAGCGCGAUAAUUCUUUUCCCUCCUGAUUUGCCUUUGGUAGAGGGCGAGGAGGGUGAACAGACCACCAGGCACGAGAAUGGGGAGUUGAAACAUCACGAUGUUCUGCUGGAUGUCUGAUGGUAAUGGAUUGAAACUCCUCCAUCUUUCGUAAUCGUCAAGUCACUCCUGUAUGUAAAUAUUUUUAUAAAAUGAAAUUAGAAAUUAAAGUUUUCCCCCAUCUUCUCAUUCUUUUCCCACCUGUCAAUAUGCUUUGUAUCCCUGUAGCAGUUUUGCCCCUAUAGAAGAAUGAGAGACAAAACUACUACUAGUAGCAUAUAAAUACAAACACAAGCUUCAGCUGACCAACACACCUAGCAAAAUUAGGCGAUUUACACAAAGGGCGCACCCUUGACGUACUCGGUGAAGGCCAGGGCGACCAAACCCAGCAUGGCAAAUCUACCGUUCCACAUCUCCGCAUCGGAGGUCAUCAGACCUUUCGAUUUCGACUCCACGGUGACCCCCUUGAACAGAGGGAUCAACGACGCCAGAGUGAACAGCACGCUGGUCGCAACGAACCAGGUGGAGCCUCCCUCUGAGAUCUGGGUGAACACACCUUGUCCCCUGGAUAGCUCCACCGCCAAGGCGGCCACGAAUCCCACCAUCGCCAGCCUGCCGUUGAUCCUCUCCGGCGCCGGCCCGCUGAACGCCAACACGUCGCCAAAUUUGGUGCUCACCUUGGGCGCCUGCGGCUUGGGCGGAGUGGGAGUAGGGAUUUGAGAUGUCGUUGGCGGUACAACUGUGGGUUCGCUGCUCUGUUCUGUUUUCUCAUCCUGGUGGCCAUGCACCUGACGGCAUUUCUGCUUAGACGCGGUACACUGGCGAUACGAGGGAAGGAGUAGGAGGUGGUUCGGGUUCGGCUGGCCAGGGCUGGGCUGGCGAAAAUUGUUUGCAAGGCUGCCGAGGUGAAGGCCAUUUUAUCGGGAGAGAUGUGAAAUUGGUUCUAUAUGAAACAAAAAAACAGAAGAUAGGGAAACUCAAGCUUCAAGCUUGCAACUUUAGAAAAGAAGAUGGAGAGUAGAGUAAGCUGUUGCACUUCCGUUGAGGGCGGGUGAAAGCAUAUAAAGGGAAAGGGGAAAGGAGAAGUGAGGAUAUUUGAGGCUCCACGUCGAGUGGUAUGUUUUCCGGGGAAAAAACAAAGUUUGAUUUGGGUCCAAGUGGGUUGGAUUGUCGACAUAUGGUGAAAAGGGAAUGACGUGGUUAGUUUGGGCGCCGUCCAUGGCUGCACGGACCCCAGUGCCAAGUGGAGGAGGAGCAGGAAAACGAAGAACUUGAGGCCAGCAUUGGUCCUGAAGAUUUUCUUCUAGGCUAGAGGGUUUUUGCAUCUUCUUCCUUUCCAGUACAUUCUGGUUACCGGUCCUGAAAUUUGCCACGGUUUUACCACAUGAACUCGACACGUCUCUAAGUAUAGUUAGAGAGGCCAAUUUCAAAACUUUCAUCUUCC